CUCCCACCCCUCUGUCUUGUUCUCUAAUCCGCCCACAUGUAUCGUCUGAGGGAGAAAAAAAAAUAGUGCAGAAGGUGACGCUCCUCCAAAGGAACAGAGAGAGGCACAGAGAGGGAAAGGCAAAGAGAGAGGUGUCUACAGGCUGCAUCUCCAUUGAAACAUUUGCAAAAAGGGGGGAGACAGAGGAAGAGCUGAAUGGUAGCUACACCCUGCGCCUGGAAGCGUAGAGACACUGUAACAAAGGCUGGCAAUUUUUAUUUUUUAUUUUUCUGGCAAUAACAAAGAGGUGGGAGAGGGGGCUCUGAAAUCGAGGGGAAAUAGCAACAACAACAACAACAAAAAAGACUUCUGCUUCAUUCCAUCCGACAAGCCUCAUCCCUUUUGCCAUCAUCAGCAUGACCAUAAGCUAUAAGUAACAUUCGGCAAUAACGGUGUCAAAACGAGAUUUCCAGCAACAGACGCGCGCAAUCCCUAUUUUGUUUUAUUCUAAUCGUGGGGAGCAAAAAAAGCAGAUGAACCGAAUGCCUGCGAGAAACUGGAUACUCUCUGAAAUCAUAAGAAAGAGCGAUCUAACAAAGAAAACUACAUUUUGAUUGAUCUUUUCAAAGCUUGAUGUGCGCGUUUCUGCACGCACUCGAAACGAACCUGAACCAAAAGCAAACUACUCAGACUCCUCCCUCCUCCUCCCUUCGGUUUCUCUCAUCCUCUCCCUCCCCCCCGGUCCUCUAUGCUCAGUUCGGUGUGUGUAUCCUCUUUCAAAGGGCGCAAGGGUGGGAACAAGUCGUCCAACAAAGCAUGUUACAGCGCAGACAUGACUUGUCCGUCGGAAAGCGAGAAAAUCGUGAUAAACUGCGGGGGGGUGCGGCAUGAGACCUACCGGAGCACCCUAAAAACGUUGCCCGGUACCCGCUUGUCGUGGCUCACCGAGCCGGACGCGUUCAGCAACUUCGACUACGACCCCAAAUUAGACGAGUUCUUCUUCGACCGCCACCCGUCAGUGUUCUCCUUCAUCCUCAACUAUUACCGCACCGGGAAGUUGCACUGUCCCAACGAUGUGUGCGGUCCCCUGUUCGAAGAGGAGCUGGCCUUCUGGGGCAUCGAUGAGACGGACGUGGAGGCGUGUUGCUGGAUGAAUUACCGGCAGCACCGGGAUGCGGAGGAGGCGCUGGACAGCUUCGAGACUCCAGAACCGGACGCGCCGGACGACGAGCCGGCGCUGGGCGGUGCGGAUGGGGACUUGAAAAGACUGUGCAUGCAGGAGGACGCAAGGAAAGCGGGCUGGUGGAAAACCUGGCAGCCCCGAAUAUGGGCACUGUUUGAAGACCCGUAUUCCUCCAAAUAUGCCCGGUAUGUGGCAUUUGGCUCCCUAUUCUUCAUCCUCAUCUCCAUCUCCACUUUCUGCAUGGAGACGCAUGAGGCCUUCAACACCAUCCUCAACAAGACAGAGAAUGUCACGGUUGGCAACUCGACCCGUGAGGAGAUCGUAUACGAGGUGGUGACUGACAGCUGGUUGACGUACGUGGAGGGCGUGUGCGUCAUCUGGUUCACCAUUGAGGUCCUGCUGCGAGUCACCUUCUGCCCAGACAAGCUUGAGUUCUUCAAGAGCAGCCUCAACAUUAUCGACUUUGUCGCCAUCCUGCCCUUCUACCUGGAGGUGGGCCUGAGCGGUCUGUCCUCCAAAGCUGCCAAGGAUGUCCUGGGGUUCCUCCGUGUUGUCCGAUUCGUCCGUAUCCUCCGAAUCUUCAAGCUGACCCGCCACUUUGUGGGUCUCCGUGUCCUGGGCCAUACUCUGCGUGCCAGCACCAAUGAAUUCCUCCUGCUCAUCAUCUUCUUAGCCCUUGGUGUCCUCAUCUUUGCCACCAUGAUCUACUAUGCCGAACGAAUUGGCGCAGACCCAGACGACCCGACAGCCAGCGCCCACACCAACUUCAAGAACAUUCCCAUUGGAUUUUGGUGGGCUGUCGUGACCAUGACCACACUGGGCUAUGGAGAUAUGUACCCAGAAACAUGGUCAGGGAUGCUGGUGGGUGCUCUGUGUGCCUUGGCUGGUGUGCUGACCAUUGCCAUGCCUGUGCCCGUCAUUGUCAACAACUUCGGCAUGUACUACUCUCUGGCCAUGGCCAAACAAAAGCUGCCCAAAAAGAAGAACAAACAUAUCCCCCGAGCACCACAACCAGGGUCCCCCAACUACUGCAAGCCAGAUGCCCUGGCUAUGGCUACCGCAUCACCACAAAGGCUCUUGGGAAACGUCCUCGGUGGAGUGAUGGGGUCUGGAGGCAUUGGGGGUGACUGUCCUCUCGCCCAAGAAGAAAUUAUAGAGAUUAAUAGAGAUUCUAAGCAGAAUGGUGACGCGGCCUCGGCCGCCCUGGCUAACGAGGACUGUCCCACCAUCGACCAGGUGCUGAGCCCAGACGAGAGGAGCCCUAUUGGGCGAGGGCCUACCCGGGAACGCUACCAGCAGGACCGCGCCUGCUUCCUGCUCAACACCAGGGAAUUCCGUGCCACAGAUGGGAAUGUGCGGAAAGCAACGGGCUACGAGAAAUCUCGCAGUCUCAAUAACAUAUCGGGAAUGGCUGGGUCAUCACUGCGGCUUGCUCCUAUCACUAGCCCACCCUUUGAAACCUAUGAGGCCCCAGGACCACUGCGCCGCUGUCGCUCCCCCAUCCCCUCCAUUUUGUAGCAAAAAAUUUAAAAAAAAAAAAAGAAAAAAAAGAAAGGGAUGUUCAUGAUCGGAUGAUAAGAGUUGCAGUGGAUUAGCCAUGGACUGAUCACAUUGAAUCCUCCAUUUGGACUGUACACCGUGCAAAAACAAUAGCAAUAACAUGAAAUGAACUUGAAUGUAGAAAGAACGACCCCUUGUCUUGUGAAUCUAAUGGUUGAUGAUGCAUGCGUCCGGUUAGCUGAUGGGGUUAAAUACAAAUCCUAGCUUUAAAGGGUCACUGUUAUUUUAAAUUACUAGAAGAAAUGUAAAAAAAAAAAUGAAUUGAUUAGUUCAUAAAAUAGUAUCAGAGAUUUAAAAGAAUUAUGAAAACAUGUGCACAGUUACAUUUUGAAAUUUAGGAUUAAGUGUGUAGAUGGACAUCCAUUUUUAAAUGUUCUGGACCAAACAAAAAGUUCACAACACUGUCCGGAGUAAUCACCAUGAGACAAGAUACUUCAGUUCAUUUAGCCAAAGACAAAAAUACAUUUAUAGAUUAGAUUGAUGUUGAAAAAGGUUUCUACUUUCUGUCUUCUGUGAAUAUUGAUGUAUGUACAGUGUAGACAUCAUUUUGGUAAAUCUCUCGAAAAGACAGACUCGACUUCUAUAAGUCUCAGUAUUAACACUUAAUUUUCUAUCUCAUCAUAGUGACAUCAAUAGACACCUUAGCCUACACAGCAAAGCUAAAAGAUGUGAAAAGCUGAGGGAAAAAAACUAGAGCUAAACUAACUAAGAGCUUAGCUAAAAUGAAAAGAGUACAAGUAUCAUAUCAUAAGAGCUAUCUCAGUUUUGCAGCCUAACAUGACUUUUAAAAUGUUAGUUUAUUUUAAGACAUUGCUGUUAGGAUCCCAUGUAUGCAAUUGCUACCUUCCAGUGUACAGUUAAAGGUCUAUUCAGUCACUCUUUUUUGCAAUUGCAAGCAUGUUGUCUAAUACAUUUCUAUAUAUUUAUCAUCAUCUUAUGCAUCAUAUGCAAUUAGAACAAUCAUUUCCCAAAAUUAAAAAUCAAUUAAUAACAUAAAAAUAAUAAUUUCAUUGUAUGCCCCCAACAAUACAUGAAAAAAUAACUAAAAUGUUUAAAUACUUUUAUUUCAAUGCCAUGUAGGCUGUAGAUUUGCGAUAAAUGUACCACAAGUUUAGUUGUUGACAAGAGCGCAGGUUUAGUAUGCCAAGUGGGGACCAGGAUGAGGUUAGUUGGAGUUGGGACACCAUGUCCUGGAGGGACCACUACAAAUUGUAAGACGAGGGUCAUGUGAUCGAUGGAUGUAGCCAAACAUGUUACAUGCUACUGACCUUAGCUAAUCACAAUAGCUGUGGGUUUGACAAAAUUAUUAAUAGUUUUUUAAAUUUUGGUUCAUUCAGGUUAAGCACAUUUCUAGGAAAAUUUUGUCCUUGGUUUUAAACAUUAUUAGUGCAGCCGAGGACCUCACGAGUCGAACCGCCUGGCUAGCUACGUGCUAACUAUGUUUUGUCUCCCACACUGCCUUUGGCAAACGGCACAAUUAAGCUAUCACAUCCUCAGUUAAUAAAUUCUAUUUGAUGACUGAGUGGACCUUUGAAGAAAAGCUAAUCAGGACACUAAUGUAUAUGAAUUAUGUAUUUAUAUGUAGGCCUACAAUUUUUCGAAAAAGUCUUAAUGCAAUGUAUUUAGGAAGCUACUUAAAAAUGACAAUAAAUAAUGCAACAAAUAUGCUUAUAAAAUCAGGUAUGGAUGACUACAUAAUUAUAUGGUUGGAACAAAUACAAGCACUUUACUAACACAGCGUUAAUUUACUAACCUUGAAAGCUUGCAUGUUGGGAUACAGACCAUAUUACAACGAACUGAACAUGUGAUUGAGCGCCAUUAAACAUCUCUAACUGUUCAGUUUUUUCCAAAUAUCUAUUUUGCUUCUUCUUCACCUUUUUUAAAAUAUAUAUUUUUUUCCAUAAUCAUUUGUUUUUGGUUUAAGUGUUUGUCUAAAACAGUUUUAAAAAAUACAAAUUAAAAUGAUGCAAUCUGUUAAUCUGUGAAAAAUAAAAAUAAGACAGUGGUUACUAUAUACCAUUUCCCUCAGUAAUUUAAAAUAAAAAAUAUCUUUUAGGGAAUUUACAGCUUAUAUUUUUGGCACUGAGGACCUUGCUCAGAUUGGCACCCUCACAUGAAAAUUGAUCUUAUAUGAAACAUUGAGCAAAAGGAAGAUAGUAAUAAAACAUUCACAUAUGCAAUAAACAUGCAAUAUUAUUUUAAUGCUGGAAAACAUGCUGUGCACAUACAUAUGUAAAUAUGCAGAUCUAUUUUUAAUCCUGAAGAUGCACAGAUUUUGUAGGCAGUCAACUUAUUAUGUUUGAUUUAGUGUUACGAUGACAUCAUGAGCCAUUUGUCUUGUUUUAUUUCAAGUCAAUGUCUUAGUGGUCCUUGAAACUUUUUAAUGUUGUGGCUGCCAUUUUUUAAAUUGUUUUAGUUUUGUAAUGGUUUUAUAUUUUCUUUUCACUUGUACUGGUAAUGUGUAUUUCAUUGUUAGGAAUGAAUUUUCUCUACCACUGAUUGUCUAAAAAAACAUUUGUUAAAAAGAAGAUACAAUGUUGUAUUUAAUUGUCCUUAAGUUCUUUGACAAACAGAAACAUAGCAAGACUGAAAUCACGAGGAAAAACUGUAAGUGCUUUAGAAACCAACAUUUUUUUGCAGGUGUCAAGGGAGAGUGUAUUUACUUGUUUAGAGAGUCAGGUCCUGAUAUUCUUACUGUCAUAAUCCAUGGUUGUCAUUUUGUCAACAAAAAAAAAAAAAAAAAAAUCGAUGUGCUUCCAGACCCCUCAAGUUUGAGAACUUAGAUAUGCAGAACUGUGUUUCAGGAUGAAAGCUAUGACAUCAGUUGAAUGUUUGCUUGAAUCUAUUGUUGACUGGAGUUUGAGAGGUUUGUAAAAUGUGUAGUGUCUCAUUUAAAGUAGAUCCUACCCUACAGUCACUGCAAGAAGUAAUGCUUGCCUGGCUUCAUCUGAUACGGGUUUUUGAACGCCAUCGCACAUAUUUUCAGACUGAAGUUGCUAAUAGUAAUGUUUAAUCUCAAUAUUGUUACAUUUCACCAUUAUGAUAUCAAAAAAAUAGAAUAAUUUAGUGUUGUCUGAAAAUAUCUGAGUGGCAUGCAGAGCUUUGGUUUGACAGCAGCUCCUCAACUUAGGGAAAGUAGGGAAACUCUGGGAUAGUAGGUUUUUAAAUAGAUUUAACUUGCAGGAAAAUGAUUUGUGAACAUGUAAUGAGUACAAUAAAACAUGUUCACUGGCCUGGGUUUAAUCGUCAAAGCUAAUCUUAGUCCACAUCGGCAAACCUGAAUAUUGGUCUGCAAUUUUUUUGUUAGCAUCACUUCUCUCAGUGCACAAAAUCUUCUAUUUAAGCGCACAGGCAUACUGUAUAAUCUUCAAAUGACUCCACAAUGUGGAUGUUACAAUUUGCAGAUACUCUGAAUUACAGCAGUAUGCCACUUCAGUUGGAAUGUACAUUUUCUGUUACAGUGAAGAAAAUGACCAUCCAUCUUAUAUAUCUGCAGAGGAAUGUUUUUUUUUAUGCUCUAAGUGACUGGAUAUGGGUGAGAGGAAUAACAUCUCACUCAACACCACUUUAAUUUUAACAUUUAUGAUUGUAUAAGUUCUGUAUUUGUUCAUAUUUGCUUUGUAUUUUAACAAAAUUGAUCUGAGGAAUGUCAUAAGUGUGGUUCUGUUAGGCUUAAAGAGUCAUUUCACAUAGUUGUGGCCAAUGCACAUCACCUAGGACACUCUGACGUACACAUUGUUUAAGAAAACAAAACAGGCAGAUGUUGUAAGUGCCUCUAUGAGGCCCCCAUAGGCUCUGAUGUCAAUUUAGGAGUUCAUGCAAACUAGCUAGAUUUAACUAGCUAAACCUUCGAAGCAAUGCUUAAUAGGUCAGUGGUUAUUAUCAAAUAUGUAAAUAUCUGUAUCUACACAUGUGAAUACAUUAAAGUCAUAUGAAAUUAAUACAGCUAUGUAUACUUUGUGAGUGUGGGAAAGAAAGUUUCUUAAGUUUUAUCCUGCAAAUUACUCAUUGAAGUGUCAAACUAAUCUGACUAACACUUGGUCAUAUAUACAUACAUAUUAGGUCUGGAUUUCAAAGAGAAAGCAUGUUUGUUUGUUAUUUUACUGUACCAUUUCCACAUGAUCUUUUUAAGGCACACUAUUAUUAAUUCAGCUGCAUUGAUAAAGGACAUUUCUGAAUGUGUUCUUAGUUCUGUCGUUUGCUUGGACAAGAGCUGGUGCUACAUGGGGUAAAUGCAGUUCAUGCUACUGAAUAUAGUAAAUGUACAAUACAUGUAAAUAUUUCAGUGGUUGUCGCUAAUGUAUCUUAAAAGGCAUGUAUGGUACAUGUGCAGCUUUUAGAGAGAAAAAUGACUGUGUCACUAUUAUAUUUGGAAUUAGUAAUAAUAGAAUACUAAAUACUGCUGUACUCUAAGUAUGUUUUUUCAUUAGUGAGAUGAAGGGGGGAAAUUCUAUUUGAUCAACUUUAAUUGUGCAGUAGAAGAUUAAUAUUACUUGUAAUGUCCACUAAAUGAGUGCUAUACUGUAGAAUCAUCCAGCCAAGUCGCCAGAAAAAAAUGUUGGCAUUGUACAUUUCCGCAAACUCCUAUAUGUUACAUUGUACGUUUUAUACAUAUCAUAUCUAUGUUUCUAAAGUGACACUGAGCUGAUGUUGUCAUGAGGAGGUGGAGGGGAUUGUGGAUUGGGUGUCACCUAAGCAAGAUGGCUGCCAACCUUCAAACCAAUAAACGGCAAAACUGGUUGUGAUUUCUGGUAGCUUUUUAGGCACCAAACACUGGUGUUUUAUAGUGACCCAUCGCUAAUUUUCCAGUGGGUAUGCUGACCCAAAAGGCAUUUGGCACCCGCUUUUCAUGCUGGACUUCUGCCCCUAAAACUUUGUAUGUAUAACAUAAUCUUUUCCUAACCAUAACCAAGUGGUUUUCAGCCUAAACCUAACCAUGGCUUCAUCACAGCCACGUAAUAAUGUGCAAAUGUAACAUAUCCUUGGUUUGCAGAAAUAUACAAUGCCAACAUUUUUUCCUGGCAACUAGCUUGAGUUGUCAUGGGAUGUAGCAAACUCAUGUAUUGCCGAAGACACUGAGGUAACACACCUAUCAAUCCUCAUGUAGCAAAAUGCAUUUAUCAAAGAAGUUCACCAAGAAGCUGGACUAUCCCUUUGACUUUGACCUACUAGUACCAUCAAUCAAUAAGCUGUUAUGAUUUACAACAGCAGUGCAUAAUGUAUUGUGUGUAUCAACACAAAGGCUGCUUUGGCACAGUUUCAGGAUGCUGCUGGUGCCAGGAAAAAGACAGAAAAGUCUGGUUUGUGUCCAAACAAACAGUGGUGUAUCUUUAGACUGUACAUGUGCACGAUUUUGUUAAAUGUGUUACACAGAAGAAGGCAUACACAGGAAUUUAUAAAUCUGGAAGUAAUUCUAUUAACUUGUUUUUGAUUUUGUGCAGACAUAUUUGGGAAAUUACACAGAUUUAUGUAUCUGACACCAGGAGAAGGUCCUGUUACUCUUAAUGAGAUCUGCAUGACGAAAUACUAUGUUAAUACAAUUACAAAGUCUAUGCUUAAUGGGUGAGCAUGGUGAGUUAGAUUAAUAGGUGCUCACUCUUCCUCAUAAUGUAAGCCGCAGUUGCUGCUUGUAGGAUGUAUGAGGAUCUUUCCUCUCAGUCGACUAAAUCCUUAACAUUCACCAUACAACUGGUCUUUAGAAAAUUUGAACUGUGUCUCACUAACAGCUUUCCUCUGGAGAAAACUGCAACUAUACAGUGGAAAAUAUCAGAGGAAGAGGGUGACAUGAAGAGCAGACUGGAAGAACUAAUGUGGCUGCAAUAAAGGAUAAUGUUUGUUUUGGGUUGGUGUUUGCUAGCGAGACCACGACAGAAGUGUUUAAUCUCCCAGUAAAUAAUGCAUGAUGCCAGCACAUGUGAUACAAGAGUGUUUGCCAUAACUGUAGGCGACAAACUAACAAUACUCAACCUACUGUUGUUGACAGACAUUUCCUUGAAUUUGCACCUGUGCUUGCAUAAUGCAUAGCUUAAAUCGGGGGUUAAGCCUCCUGAAAUGGUGUCAGCCCCAAUGUGUGAUCCCACUGCUUCUUUUAAAAGUGAAAACUUCCAUGAAAAGCAUUGAGUAUGUUUGUACGUGUCCAUCUGUCAAAAAUGUGUUUCCCCAUGAAGUUUACAUAUCAUUCAAGUGACAAUGUUUGCACAUGCGUACAUAUGCACAUACACGCACAUUAGUGAAUAACUGGUCAUCAUCAUCUAAGCUUGUUCCAAAAUGCUUUGUACAUAAUUCACUCCUGUAAAGAUGUUUAAAUUUGGCAGAGUGGGGAGCAUGGUGCUGGUCAGUUGGCUGGCAGCUACUGUUUGUUUUUCUAAUAUUGUCAGUCACCAGUUUUAUUGUCACCAUUUCUUGAUUUUGUUACCCAAGAAUAACCUGUGUGCCAACUUUCUGUCUGUAUGUUGGAUAUAGACUGUUUCUGUAGCUGUAUUAGAGUUGUCAUAACAGUUUAAAUGUGUGCACUUCAUUCUGACAUGCACAGUUAACCAGCAGUUUACAGGUAAUCCCUGAUUACUUACCAUAUUGUGCAUAAUGUUAGUGAAACUAUGAAACUGUGUUAUGGAAAACAAUGUAAUUGGCAAAUUCCAAAUAUGAGAUUGGUUUAUAUAAGUGGAGCACUUCUGUAAACCAAUCAAGAUUCAAGUGCUUAUUCGUAAAGUUCUAGUUUAUAUGUCACUGAAUCAACACAUUCUCACUCUGUUUGUCUAAUGCCGAUACUUGGUCAGCUAAAUCUCAAACUAUGACGUUCUAGGUACUCCACCAAUGUUGGUUUUUGACGGUCAGGGACGGCGUGUCAAUUUGCGCUUGCUACCUAUUUUGUUUUUUCGUACAGGAAAUGGAGUUUCUUUUCAAAAUAAACUUUUUAGGUUUACUUUCUAAGGUUUAGGCAAUAGAAGUUCAUGGUUAGGUUUAGAAAAAAACAUAGCUUGAGUUUAAAUAACUCUGUUUGUUAUGAACAUAAUGCAGUGUCAAGUGACACAUACAUCACAUGACAUCUGUCCCUAGCAUAGUAUGCUACACAUAUGAACACAAUACCUUGUCAUUAAAAUAAGUCGAUGUACUUUGGUUUUACACGGGAAACGAACAGCGGUCUCCUGGGUGAAAGUCGGGAGUUUGUUUGACCAAUCCACGUCUACCUCUGCCCACUCUAUGUGGACUUUCUCGCGCUUCAUACUACAGCAGUUCCUCGAAAAAUUAAAAAAAUGCCGCUGCCCUAAUGCUUCUCAAAGGAAGCCUCUGUUUUUCGCUAUCUGACGCCGAGAGCCUCUGACCACACAUCGGUAUUUGACAAGUUAGGAGUGAGACCGGGUUGACUGAAUAUAUUCUCUUACAAAUUCUGUUUAUUCUGUGUGAUCUAAAUAUUAAUGGCUUUCUGUUCUUGUCU